UACAAUCAGUGUAGGGUUGGACAAACAGAUUUAGGUUCCAAACUGUUUAAUUUCUCAGCGAGAAUGUAGUUAAAACUCGGUCUGAUAGAGGUCAAAUAUUGAGAUAAUUGGAACUGUGAUGAUGACAAGAGGCGGGAAGAAGAACUUUUGAGAAAUACCUUCUUCUAUGACCUUUAAUAACCGGUGGCUUUACUGCCUUCAUCCAUAUGAGAAGUUUCCCCUGAGCUCGAGACAUCUGCCGCGCACUCUGCGCUGUCCAAACUCUCUGCCACCAGGAAUAUUACGCGCGUUUUUGUCAUAGUUUGUUGUAUUACCACAUUGGGAAAUAUAGGGCGAUUGUUUCAUGGUAGACUUGGUGAGUCAGAGAGAGAGAAGCCUUUUGCAAUCAACACUCGGCUCUGGUACGCCUGCUGAGUGACACCCUGCAGCUACUUACCAUGCUGUAUGCAGCAUAGCGCUCUCACAUGACUAAUGGGGAGGUCUCGCUCUCGCUCCCCGGCCCCAUGUCAAUUUUCAUCAGCUAAGUUAAAUAUCAGAUAAUGACCAUGUACAUCCCAGAUAAUGGACAAGAUAAUGAGAUAAUGAUAGAAAGCCUUAUUUGAUUUCAUUAAGGAUGCAAUAUGUGUGGUAUUUGGUCACAGAGCGAGGUGGGAUGGCUGUAGUGACCCAACAGUAAUUGGUUAUCAGUCUUUCAGCAUUGUGCUUUUCCUCUGAGGUAGGGUGGGUUCACUCUAAUUAGGGGUUCAAGCAGCGAAGCUGGGUGAAACAUUACUGUAUUUGUUGCGUUGAUUAUAAACUCCCUUCUUCAGACGAAUUUGUGAAUAAAAAGCAAAUUCCUGUGAGAUCGUCAGGCCCAGGAGGUUGCAACCUUGCAUGAUGGUUAAAGGGUCACACCCUCUCAUGCAAUGCCAGGCCAAUUAUGACAAGCAUUUUAAAAUGCAUACUUUGAAAGCUCACGCCCCUCAACCCGUUUGAGCUCGACUCCUGAAAUUAUGUACAUAGGUCCCUCUACUCACAAAUAACACAUUUUCCCAGAAGGUCCGUCAUGAAGAAUUUUCCGCCAUUUGGAAUUUGAUUAAAAACACUUAAAACGCUACUCCUCUGGCACCGAAUGACCAAUCUACAUUUCAGCUUGACACAUGGCAUCUAUGGACCAAGGUCUCACAACGCAUGUGUUCCCAGGCUAGCAUCUCAAACAACAUGGCAGGGUUGCAUGCAUCAAUGCCAAGAAAUUUCAUUAGGGGAACUUUGCCCAAGGAAAACGAGAGCCAUCUGUGUAGGAUGGAGCCGGUGGCCAGGGAGAGAGGGACAACAGAGAACGGAGGCAGCUCCUCUACGAGGGAGCAACGCUCCUCCUGCUCCAGCCUCAAGAUGUUCCUUGUGGCCCUAUCGUUUGCCUACUUUGCCAAGGCCUUGUCUGGCAGCUACAUGAAGAGCACAAUAACCCAGCUGGAGAGGCGCUUUGACAUCCCCAGUUACCUAACAGGUGUCAUCGACGGGAGCUUUGAGAUGGGUAACCUGUUGGUGAUAGCAUUCGUGAGUUACUUUGGUGCAAAGCUGCAUCGGCCCAAGAUCAUAGCCAUGGGCUGUGUACUGAUGGCCAUGGGAACAUUCAUCAUCGCUCUGCCACACUUCCUCAUCGGACGCUAUAAGUUCGAAACGUCAAUCCGAUCGUCAGUGAAUUCAACCAAUAACCUCUCUCCAUGUCCAGCGCGCCUGUUGUCACCCUCCUCGCAAGCUUCGGGUGACCCGCUUUCUGAGGCACCAAGCACAGGGACAGUAGGUUGUGAAGGAGAGUCCAACCUCUCCAUGUGGAUCUAUGUGUUCCUGGGGAACGUCUUACGAGGGAUCGGGGAGACUCCAGUGCAGCCCCUUGGGAUCUCGUAUAUAGAUGAUUUCGCCAGGGAGGAAAAUGCUGCAUUUUACAUUGGCUGCGUUCAGACCAUAGCAGUCAUUGGUCCUGUGUUUGGCUAUUUACUGGGAUCCCUGUGUGCCAAAAUAUAUGUGGACAUUGGAUUUGUCAACAUGGAGAGUGUCACCAUAAGCCCUGGUGAUGCUCGCUGGGUGGGGGCCUGGUGGUUAGGUUACCUUGUAGCUGGGGUGAUCACCCUGCUUUCAGCCAUCCCCUUCUGGUUCCUGCCCCGUUCCCUGCCCAUCCCAUCAGACCGAGGCCCAGCCCAGUGCACCCCGGAGCAGACUAGCUUCAUCAAAGACUCCCCUCUCCUGGAGCAUAAGUACCAAGCCGACGAGCCAGCUGGCUUUCUGGAGAUGGCCAAAGAUUUCAUACCAACGUUGAAAACCCUCCUGGGGAACCCAGUGUACUUCAUCUACCUGUGUGUGACCAUCAUUCAGCUGAACUCUCUCAUCGGCAUGGUAACCUACAAGCCCAAAUACAUAGAGCAACAUUACGGACAGUCCGCAUCAAAAGCCAAUUUCCUGAUGGGUACAAUCAACAUCCCUGCCGUGGCGUUGGGAAUUUUCACUGGCGGCCUGCUCAUGAAGAGGCUGAAGCUGAGCAUCAUGGGAGCAGCCAAGUUUGCGUUCGGCACCUCUCUGAUAGGCUACUUCCUAUCCCUCUUCUUCUUCGUCAUGAGCUGCGAGAACGUCAAAGUGGCUGGGAUCACGUUGCCCUACAACAGGGUGGGUGGUGUAUCGUAUGAGGAGCGCUCAGUAUUCUCAGCCUGUAACUCCGACUGUGUUUGUUCAGGCAGAGACUGGGACCCUGUCUGUGGAGAAAACGGCAUCACGUACGUCUCUCCCUGCCUGGCUGGCUGCCAGACCUCCACAGGAUCAGGGAAGAACACGGUGUUCUCUAACUGUAGCUGUGUGGUGGCAGCAGGAAUGAGCAGUGGUAACCUGACAGCCAGUGUAGGCCACUGUCCUCACAGAGACGACUGUGACCGUGUCUUCCCUUACUUCCUGGCUCUUUCUGUCAUCACUUCCUUUAUCAUCUCCCUGGGUGGCACGCCAGGCUACAUGGUCCUCAUCAGGUGUAUCAAGCCUCAACUGAAGUCCUUAGCUCUGGGGUUCCAUACUCUGUCCACACGUACACUUGCGGGCAUCCCAGCGCCCAUCUACUUUGGGGCGGUCAUCGACACCACGUGUCUGAAGUGGGGCCAGAAGAGAUGCGGAGGGAGAGGAGCCUGUCGGAUAUACAACACUACAGCAUACAGGAUAGCUUACCUGGGUCUGACAAUGGGCCUGAGGACAGUUUCCUUUCUGCUGUGUAUACUGGGAUUCGUGCUGCUCAAACGACACCUGCGGAGAGAGGAAUGCCGCGCCCACCAAGUGGCCAAUGGCGGAGCAGAACUGGAGGCACUCAGGAAAGAGGAGGUCCUAGCCUCCAACUCGGACCAAUCGCUACAGACUUCCACAACAGACUACAACAACACAGAGAGAGAGACACGGCUGUGACAGUUUGAGACAAUCUCCCCUGAUCCCUCACGUUACACACAGACACACACAAACACUAGAUUUGCAGGAACCAACAACGGGCUGUGCCUGACCAUCUCAUCUCAUAGAACAUAAAGGAUGUAUUUGUACUGUACCUGUCUAGGUUAUGUAUAUUUAAAAAUAUACAGUUGAAGUCGGAAGUUUACAUACACCUUAGCCAAAUACAUUUAAACUCAGAUUUUCACAAUUCCUGACAUUUAAUCCUAGUAAGAAUUCCCUGUCUUAGGU